AAUUAUUUUCAGACGGCACUGCUGGAUAGCUUGAGAAUUGCAGAAUUUACAGAAUGGAGGCUGGUAGAUCUGUCGGAGAAAGUUUGGAAUGUAAAACCAAGGAGGAGGAGCUUCACAAUGUUAGGGACAGUGACCAUUUGCUCCAUGGAAUGCGAAGCAGAAUUGAUAGCAGAGUGGGGAUAGAGUUGCCCCAAAUUGAGGUCCGUUUCAAGGGUUUGAACGUGGAAGCACAAGUACAUGUUGGGAGGGCUCUACCAACUAUACCCAACUAUAUUCUUAAAAUGGCCAAGAUUUUUUUAAGGAGAUUUUCACUUUUGUGCGAUAGCAAAAGGCACCUGAAGAUUCUGAAUAACAUUAGCGGCAUUAUCAGACCCCGCAGAAUGACUUUGCUCCUCGGACCGCCAGGGUCGGGGAAGACAACUUUACUCUUGGCUCUUGCAAAUAGGCUUAACACAAACGUCAAGGUAUCUGGAAGUGUGACAUACAAUGGCGAAAAUGUGGAUAAAUUGAUGGCUCAGAGACUAUCAUCUUACGUUGACCAACAUGACAUUCAUUUUGGAGAAAUGACUGUGAAAGAAACCUUUGCCUUUGCUCUUAGUUGCCAGGGUUUUGGUGGCCAAAACAAGAUGCUUGCAGAAGUCUCGAGGAGAGAGAAAGAAGCCGGUAUCAUACCUGACCAAGAUGUUGACAACUUUAUGAAGGGUCUGUUUCAAGACACAGCCUUCAAGACUGACUACGUAAUCAAGAGUCUCUGCCUGGAUCCUUGCUCAAAUAUGAUGAUCGGUGAUGAAAUGCGACGAGGAAUUUCAGGAGGAGAAAAGAAGCGUGUGACUACAGGAGAGAUUCUCAUGGGUUCAGCAACGGUUUUGUUCAUGGAUAACAUAACGACGGGGUUAGAUAGUUCUACAGCAUUUCAAAUUCUCAACUACAUACGCCAAUCAGUGCAGAUGCUGGAUAUGACUGCUGUUCUGUCACUCUUGCAGCCAACUCCAGAAAUAUUCGAAUUGUUCGAUGACAUUAUUUUGCUUUCCGAAGGUCACAUUGUGUAUCAGGGUCCUUUGAAUCAUGGAUUAGAAUUCUUCGCAUCCAUGGGUUUCCACUGUCCAGAGAGAAAAGCGGUUGCAGAUUUUUUUCAAGAAGUGACAUCAAAAAAGGAUCAGCAACAGUAUUGGGCAGGCGAAGGACAAUAUAGAUAUGUUUCUGUUAAGGAAUUUGCCAAGGCGUUCCACUCAUUUCAUGUAAGCAAAAAAUUACUCGUGGAGUUGAGAGUUCCAUAUGAUAGAAGAAAGAGUCGUUCUGUGUCUGUUACAUCCAAGUAUGGUGCUACCAAUAUAGAAUUAUUCAAGGCUUGUUUUUCAAGGGAAUGUCUUCUUUUCAAGAGAAAUGCAUUCAUUCACAUUUUCAGAACAAUACAGCUGAGUCUUGUGGCUCUUGUCACCAUGACAGUUUUUUGUCGGACAAGGAUGCAACAUAAAACAAUUAUUGAUGGAAACACUUACCUUGGUGCACUCUACUUCAGUCUUAUGGUCAUCUUGUUUAACGGGUUUUCAGAACUUGCAAUGACAAUAGAUAGACUUCCAGUUCUAUACAAACAAAGAGAUCUAAGGUUCUAUCCAACUUGGAUAUAUUCAAUAUGCAGUUGGCUGCUGAGCAUUCCCAUGUCAUUGGUAGAGACUUCCAUUUGGGUACUCAUGAUAUACUAUGUAAUUGGUUUUAAUCCUCAAGUUUCAAGGUUAUUUCGCCAAUUUCUACUUUAUUUUUGCGUAAACCAGUUUGGUUUGGCACUGUUACAUCUACUAGCUUCUUUGGGUCAAACGAUGGUAGUUGCCUUUACCUAUGGCUCGUUUUCCAUGGUGGUCAUCUUUUUCCUAGGUGGUUUUAUCCUAUCCAGAGAGGAUAUUAACAGGUGGUGGAUUUGGGGGUACUGGACUUCUCCACUAUCGUACGCUCAAAAUGCUAUUGCUGUGAAUGAAUUUUUGGGACAGAGAUGGGAUGAGCCUGUAGGGAAUGGCUUAAACCAAACUUUAGGGGAACUUGUGUUGACAUCUCGUGGGAUAUUUCCACAUUAUUGUUGGUACUGGAUUGGCAUUGGAGCUCUAUUGGGAUAUUCUAUCCUAUGUAAUGUCUUGUAUACUGGAGCUUUAGCCAUCCUCAAACCUCCUGGAAAAGUCCAAUCUGUGGUUUCUGAAGAAGCCAUGCAGGAGAUGUAUGCAAACACAACAGGAGAAGAUGAUUUGCCAAUUUCUAAAGGACCCGAGGCAGCUAUGACGAGCCCUGCUCCCUUACUAAAAGAAAAACAGGGCAUGGUACUUCCAUUCAAGCCUUUGUCUCUCUGCUUCAAACACAUUAGUUAUUACAUUGGUAUGCCUGAGAAAAAGAAACAAGAGGGUUUUGCAGCAGAUCGGUUGAGGCUAUUACAUGAUGUGAGUGGAGCAUUCCGACCGGGCAUUCUUACAGCUUUUGUUGGAGUUAGCGGUGCAGGCAAAACUACCUUGAUGGAUGUCUUGGCUGGAAGAAAAUCUUGCGGUUACAUUGAGGGCAGCAUUACUAUAUGCUAUCCUAAGAAGCAAGAACAAUUUGCUCGGAUCUCAGGAUACUGUGAACAAGAUGACAUUCAUUCACCACAUGUAACUGUUUAUGAAACCCUUAUUUACUCUGCCUGGCUUCGUUUACCAGCUGAAAUAGAUGAAGAAACAAGAAAGAUGUUUGUGGAGGAGGUGAUGGAACUUGUGGAGUUAUGCCCCUUGAGAAAUUCUCUCGUGGGUCUCCCAGGAGUGACUGGUUUGUCAGGAGAGCAGCGUAAAAGAUUGACUAUUGCUGUGGAGCUUGUUGCAAAUCCUUCAAUUGUGUUCAUGGAUGAACCCACGUCAGGACUGGAUGCACGGUCUGCAGCCAUUGUCAUGCGAACAGUAAGAAAUAUUGUUGACACUGGACGCACAAUUGUUUGUACCAUCCAUCAGCCGAGCAUCGAUAUUUUUGAAGCUUUUGACGAGCUUCUCUUCAUGAAACAAGGAGGCCGGCUCACAUACGCAGGAUCAUUAGGUUCGCAUUGUAGCCAACUCUUGGAGUACUUUCAGUCUAUUGAUGGGGUUCGAAAAAUUGAGAAAGGGGUUAAUCCGGCAACAUGGAUGUUGGAGAUAACCUCCCCGGCAGAGGAAGUUCGACUUGGGAUUGAUUUUGCUGAAAUCUAUCAGAAAUCAUCGUUGUUUCAAGAAAACAUGGCCCUAAUAGAAAGCUUGAGCACUCCCCUUGGAGAUUCAGAAGACCUCCAUUUCCCUACACAGUACUCUCAACCUUUCCAUAAGCAAUUCAUAGCCUGCUUGUGGAAGCAGCACUGGUCUUAUUGGCGGAAUUCUCAAUACACAGCAGUGCGCUUUUUCUUCACAGUUUCGAUCUCGUUGCUUUUUGGUUCCAUUUGCUGGGGUCUUGGCUCAAAGAGAAGUGAGCAGCAGGAUUUAUUGAAUGCUCUAGGUUCCAUGUUUGCAUCUGUACUCUUUAUCGGAGUAACAAAUGAAAUGACUGUGCAACCUGUUGCUUGGCUUGAAAGGAUGGUCUUCUACCGUGAGAGGGCCGCUGGAAUGUAUUCAGCACUACCUUAUGCAUUGGCUCAGGUAACAAUUGAGAUUCCGCAUGUGUUCACUCAAGCACUCCUGUACAGCUCUGUGGUGUAUUCCAUGGCGGCCUUUGAGUGGACGGUGGUGAAAUUUUUGUGGCAUUUCUUCUUUUUGUAUUUCACCUUCCUCAGCUACACAUUCUCUGGAAUGAUGGCCGUAGCACUUACUGCCAACAAUAAAAUAGCUUCAGUUGUUUCAGUGCCUGUGCUGAUGUUGUGGAUCCUCUUCUCAGGCGCCAUGAUUUCUCGUACGAGGUGUCCUCCAUGGUGGAGAUGGUUUUUCAGCACGAAUCCAAUGGCAUGGUGCCUCUAUGGUCUCAUUGGUUCGCAAUACGGAGACGUUGGGACGAGUCUAAUGAUGGCAGAUGGGACAGAAAUGUCUGUGAAGCAUUUUGUGGAGGAGAAUUUUGGUUAUCAUCGACAGCAUUUGGCCAGUGUGGGAUUUCUGACUGCAGGAUUUUCUGUUUUGUUUGGCCUUGUAUUUGUCUUGGGAAUCAAGCUUUUCAAUUUCCAAAAGCGGUAAAAAAUUGUAAUAGUUGAAGGGCAAUUCUGAAGGGAAAAUACACCACAAGUUACUGUGCAGGUAGAGUCCAAUGUUAAAUGUAUGUCCUCCAUUCAAGAGUACACCUUUGUAUCAUUUUAAAAUAUUCAAUUAUAUAUUUGUAAAUGAAUAUAUAGUAUUUUU